CUCUAGCUGCCCAAGCUUAUGCACUUAAGGAAGAGAAUGAUAGCCUUCGGUGGCAGCUGGAUGCUUAUAGGAAUGAAGUGGAGCUUCUGAAACAAGAGAAAGGACAGCUCUUUCGAACAGAAGAAAGCCUUACGAAGGACCAGCAGCUGCAGUUCCUACAGCAGACGAUGCAAGGCAUGCAGCAGCAAUUGCUGAGCAUACAGGAGGAAUUAAAUAACAAAAAAUCCGAACUGGAGCAAGCCAAGGAAGAGCAAACGCACACACAAGCAAUGCUUAAAGUCCUGCAGGAACAGUUAAAAAGUGCCAAGGAAUUAGCAGAAAUCAAUGGGCAUGAUGAAUCUCAGGCAAAUGAAAUCAAUGUAUUGACAGUAGCGUUGGUCAACCAAGACAGAGAAAAAAAUUCAGAGAAACGAAGCCCCGGUCUAAAAUCAGAGAAAGAAGCACUUUUAAUAGGUAUCAUAUCCACAUUUCUUCAUGUCCACCCUUUUGGAGCCAACAUAGAAUAUCUUUGGUCUUAUAUGCAGCAGUUGGACUCUAGGAUCUCUGCAAAUGAGAUAGAAAUGCUUUUGAUGAGACUGCCACGCAUGUUUAAGCAAGAAUUCACUGGUGUAGGAGCAACACUGGAAAAGAGGUGGAAAUUUUGUGCCUUUGAAGGAAUUAAAACUAUCUGACUGUGACUAGUAAUGAAGCUAUGCAGAAUAAGAAUUCCUAGAGCAUGGCAGGGUUACAAAGUAUUAAAGUAAGAAAUUUGGGUUUUGGCACAUAGUAGUAUGUUUUCAAAGUUAUCCGAGCCUAAUUUUAGUUACAUUUGUGACGUUCUCUUGUGAGUGGAAAUGUAGUUGUGCACCAGUUCCUAAAAAAAAAAAAAGAAAUAUUUUUUUUUUAAAAAAAGUUUCCAAAUGUGACAGAUUUGUUUCCUAUGAAAACUGAAGAAAGAUGCCACAGUCAUAAUGAUUUCAAAAUGCUACAUGUCCUACAUCUAAGAAAAGCUCAUUGAGCAAACAGUUAAGGAGAAAGAUUGCCCAGUUAUGGUCGCUAAAUUACAGCAAUGUAAAUGUAAUAUGUAGUAGAGCUCAUUAAAUUACGUUACUGAAAGUUCUUUCCAUUUAGUAAGAAAAUUAAGUAAUUUUACAGUGAGGAAAAGCAUACCAAAAGAAAACUUGAAGAUGUGUCUGAAGUUGUUGUAUUUUGUAAAUUAAGUUAUAUGCCGUACCAGGGAUUUUUGCCUUAUUGAAAGAGGCCUGAAAAUGUGAUUGGAGUCCUCAAGAAUGCUUUAUCAAGAAUAUUAUUUUUCUAAUGUAACUAUUCUCCAUUACAAGUUCUUUUAACAUGGAUUGCAUAUCAAUUUUCAUAAACAUGUAAAUAAGGAGGAAACCAGUGUUACUGUAUUGUAUUUGGUAUGUAACA